GAGGCACUGGAACACUACAGACAGCAGCAGGAACCCUGUCACUAGCUGGCUCUGCAGGCUGAUUACUGCACACACAAAGGAAACCAUACAGGGACAUUCAUUCUGCAGGAGCUGGCGGGAACCCAGGCGGCAUCUGUUCCACUGUUUUAGCUAAAAGGAAUGGACAGGGGAAAAAAUCUGGAAUUUUGAGAUUUUGACCCGGACACGCCAGGACGAGCCAGGGAAUUCUGCAAUUUCAGCGAGGAACCGCUGCUGUUACCCCGAAGAGUCGCUGCGUAGAGGAUGGCCGAUCAACUUUCUGAAGAGCAGAUUGCUGAAUUUAAGGAGGCUUUCUCCUUAUUUGACAAAGAUGGCGAUGGCACUAUCACUACCAAGGAACUGGGAACCGUUAUGCGAUCUCUGGGGCAGAACCCCACCGAGGCGGAGCUGCAGGACAUGAUUAAUGAAGUUGAUGCUGAUGGCAACGGCACAAUUGAUUUCCCAGAAUUUUUGACCAUGAUGGCAAGAAAAAUGAAGGACACGGACAGCGAGGAAGAGAUCCGUGAAGCCUUCAGAGUUUUUGACAAGGAUGGGAAUGGCUACAUCAGUGCCGCAGAGCUCCGCCAUGUAAUGACUAACCUAGGGGAAAAACUAACAGACGAAGAAGUAGAUGAGAUGAUCCGAGAAGCAGAUAUAGAUGGCGAUGGACAGGUGAACUAUGAAGAAUUCGUACAGAUGAUGACUGCAAAAUGAAGACUUGUCCUCGAUUUCCCCUCUAGAAGAAUCAAACUGAAUCUUUUACUUACCUCUUGCGAAAAUGUUAAUUUACCCAUUCUGUUUCUGUAUAGCAAAACUGAAUGUCAAGUAAUACCUUCUGUCCACAGAAAUCUGCAUGUAAUGGUCAGUGGUCCUGUCCCCAAACGAUGAGUUUAAACAUCGGUUUUACAGUAUAUACAUACUUGUACUACUACCUUUACCAACAAGGCAGCACUUAGCGAACUCCUUAAGUUCCAUUUGCUAAUGAUUACUACACUGUGUGGGCUGGCCAGUGCUACAUGCAUGCAGCUUGACAACCGAGCACAGUCAGACCUUUGUAUAAAAAAAAAAAAAAAAAAAAGAAAACCAAAAAAAAAAAAGUGACAAUGAUCCGCCAUCUUGGCGGUCUCUGUAUAAAUUUGGUGUAUAAAUUGUCUCAGCUGGUUGACUCCCAGAAUUGGUUUAUACCUCGGGACGGUUUGCAGCAAAAUGGUUGAAGUUUGCAAAUGCGGAAAAUCCCUUACUGGUUGAAUGUUUUUUUGUACCCGGUGUGCUUCAAGAUCGGAGGACUGUCCAUUUUUACCAUUCUGACCUUGGCUUAACGUUGUUCUGCGCGUCUGUGAGACGGAUGUUGGGAUGAGAACGGUUCACUUUAAAGGAAAAAAAAAAAUAGUUCACGGUGGGGGGAGCAACUUUGGACUCUCGUAUAUAUUUUUGUUUUUUUUUAAGGAAAUAGGUCUGCACCAGACUUGGAAAUUGCAGUUUCCUAUCUCUGUAUAGGACCUCCGCGUAACGAUCAGCAAGACUGUACAAGACUUCAUUCUGUCCAUUCCAAGUUAUCAAUGCUAGUUUUUCUGUUUUUUUUUUUUUUUUGUGUUCAAUAAAAAACCAUUAGUGUAAUAUAGGUUUUUAUUUUUCUGUUGACACACCUUUUAAUUUAUUCAUCCAUCUGUCUGCAGAUUGCUUCUCAUGGCUUAGCUGGUGCGCUAUACCCCUAGUUACAUAUAUAACGUUUCCCUUAGUAUAUCUACUGACGGAACAGAGAAACUUCUAGUCUGUGAGCUUUGUACCGUCUGGGGAGAUGGGUAGACCUUCUGCGGUUGGGUGGGCUAAUCUUGCCCACCUGUAGACGCCGCGGAGCCCCCAGCCCUGUGGGGUCUACAGACGCAUGCUCCAGUGUCUGACGAUCACCAUGCCUGCAUCUGGUUCUGACAAGUCUUGGCAUUUGGAGAGCCAUUUGUUUGCAUGCGCAGGCCUAUACAGAAAUAUAAAGGCCCAUAGUGGCUGUGGAGUAAUUUUAUGUAAAGAGGUGAAUAGAGGCGUAAGUCUUGGUAAAUAGCCAGUUAUAUAUCCUAGUCAGUGUUUGUACAUUUGACGUGAAGGACUGAUCCCCCUUCCUGAGGCAUGAUGGACAGCGGUGUGUCUAUGCUGCGGCCGGCAGCGAGGGCUGUUGUAUACAUGGAGGGUGUUCCGUGACUGUUCGGCACUGUGCUUUGUCGGGUUUUAUAGGGAUUUGGGGCUUUAAGGGGAUACAUGGCCUACAGGAGGUGCCCAUUGUGUUGCUGAGACCGAGCACCUGACAGCUGAUCCAUUCUCUCAUGACGGCUGUGUCUUGGCUCGGCCUCCAAUAGCUGUCCCUGGUUAUAUGCAGGACCUUAUAUGGACGUAAAUGUGGCUAUAACCGAUGAUGAACCAUCUUAUUCCGUAGUGUAAGCUGUUUGCUGUAGUCAUACAGGUUAUGAAGGGGUACAUUGGGAGUCUGACAGAUCUUCUGCAGAGGGGUAAUCGCCCAUAUUGCCCAUCUUUGGGUUUAUGCCAACAUCUGGUGACGCAGCUCCUCUUGUCUCCACCUUCCCCCAAUACGUCACCAAGCCAGACCUGCUUUCUACCUGUAAAAGGUGCUCCGAACAUGGUCUGUGUAUGAAGCAUGCAUAGUCUGUAGCGCUGGCAGUCUUCAUCUCAUCACAAUGGCACAGAACGGGGAGAGUUUCACUAUUAUAAAACUAAAACCGGUGACCUGUAUCCUAAUCGGUAUGAGACAGCGCAGUAACAUGGCGGUGUGCACAGAAGCGGUAACUCACUGCACGUAGGAUCAGCCUUGGCAUGGUUCCAUCCUUUCCUGGGCUCUGGAAUCUCCUGACCAUCACUGGUGUGGACUUAGACUACUCUAACUAUUCUACCCAUUGCCGUGACUGGAAGCUUGUGCUAAUUCUGAAUCUGUGCUUUACCGUAGGGAACAAAAGACCCGGGAUAGAGUAAUAUGGCUGUCCUGUAUUGCAACUGAAAUUAAUAAAGCCAAAUAAAAACAAGAA